ACACAGAGAGACACAGAGAGACAUAGACAUGGUCCAUCACUGCUCUGCUGGCUGCUGGUCAUCAUCACCGUCCACUCUGCAGUUCCAGAUGGAUUCAGAGAAAUUGUUGUGACUCGUUGCAUCUUUAACUCCACUGAUCUGAAUGACAUCGAGUUCAUCAGAUCCUACAUUUACAACAAGAAGGAAUGGGCCCGGUUUGACAGCAACCUGGAGAAAUAUGUUGGAUACACGGAGUUUGGAGUGAAGAACGCAGAACGAUUCAACAAAGAUCCUUCAAUUAUAGGAUCAAGGAAAGCUCAGAAGGAAGCCUACUGCCUACACAACAUUGGUAACGACUACCGGAACGCUCUGGAUAAAUCAGUCCCUCCCACCGUCAAGCUUCACUCCAGGUCGCCUGGUGGCCACCAUCCCUCCAUGCUGGUCUGCAGAGUUUAUGUCUAUCCUAAAACCAUCAAAGUUCGUUGGCUGAGAGACGGACAGGAAGUGACAUCAGACGUCACGACCACUGACGAGAUGGAGGACGGAGACUGGUACUACCAGGUCCACUCUACUCUGGAGUACACGCCCAGGUCUGGAGAGCAGAUCUCCUGCAGGGUGGAACAUGUCAGCCUGAAGGAACCUCUGAUCACCAACUGGGACCCGUCCAUGCCGGAGUCAGAGAGGAACAAACUGGCCAUCGGAGCUUCAGGACUGAUCCUGGGUCUGAUUCUGUCUCUGGCUGGAUUCAUCUACUACAAGAGGAAGGUCAAAGGUCGUAUUCUGGUACCGUCCAGCUGAGCCCGGAUGGAGGUUCUGGUUCCGGUUCUUCCUGCUUCCUGCUGAACUGGACCAUCUGAUCCAGAACCAGAACCAGAGGAGGUUCCAGUUCUCCAUGUGGCCCGGUUCUGUGGGUCGGUUCUGGUUCUGGUGGCCCGGCUGCUUCUCUUCAUCUUCCUCUAAUCAUCUUCAUCAAUAAUCAGAUUUUAAUCUUUGAAAUAAAAUCAAUAAACCAUCAGAA